CUGACGCUUAUCUUAUCGCAUGCCCCCGCCUCUCUCUCUCUCAGGCUGUGACUCCGCAACGCCUCAACCAGACAGAAUUACCUUCCCUCUUAUCUUCGCCCUGAAGUCUUCCACUCGAACCUCAAUUUUGAUCCCACCGAGCCCUAGAAACAGGGUUUCCCUCUCAAUCUCCUAUCAAGACGCCAACUCCGACCUCCCAACAAAAAUGCCAGCCCCGGGAACCCCCCUCAAACUCCUCUGCCUGCACGGCUACACGCAAUCCGGGCCCCUCUUCCACGCGAAAACCCGCGCCGUGAUCAAACACCUCACCAAGGCUCUCAGCCCAACCUACACCGUGACCACCACCUACCCGACCGGCCCGCACCGCCUCCUCCCCUCCGACAUCCCGGGCUACGAGCCACCAACCACCCAAGGCGGGAUCUCCACACAAGACGCCGCCGCCGCCGCAGCAGCACAAGACAACGACGACCCGGAAGCGUAUGGCUGGUUCCGCCGGUCCAACACGGCCCACCCGCCGCUCUACGCGGGACUUGAGGAGGGGCUGACUACGCUGGCGCAGGUCAUCCGCGACGAGGGCCCGUUCGACGCGGUGAUCGGGUUCUCGCAGGGGGCGGCGAUGGCGGCGAUGGUGGCGGCGCUGCUGGAAAUGGGGCGCGUGAAGGAAGUGUGUCCGCAGUACGAGGAUGCGGAGGUCGCAUGUCGGGGCACGGAGUUUAGUGGGGUCCCGGGGUUCAAAGUGCCGGAGGCGUUCAGGGCGCAGACGCUCGAGCUCGGAGGCAACCAGGGCCCGUUGAAGUUCGCGGUGUGCUACAGUGGGUUCCGCGCGCCGGGGCCGCGGUAUCGCGCUUUCUAUGAGCCGGGGAUCAAGACGCCGGUGUUGCAUGUACUGGGGUCGUUGGAUGCGGUGGUGGAUGAGGGGCGGAGUCGGGCGUUGAUUGAGGCGUGUGCGGGGGAGCCGGAGGCGGAGGGCAGGGUGGUGUUUCAUCCGGGAGGCCACUUUGUGCCCAGUCAGCGGCCCUAUCUGGAUGCGGUGGUUAGGUUUAUUAAGGAGGUUUUGGCGGAGGCGGAGGAGGCUGAGGGGGGCAGCAAGAAGAAGGGUGUUAUGGAUGAGGAUGUUAACGACAUGGAGUUGCCGUUUUAGAUCCAUACAUCGAAGGGGAUAAGGAUGAAUAGAUAGAUGUAUAGAGAGGGGGAAGACUCAAAAGACUAGUACUAUAGAUAUAAUCGUCA